AUGGAAACACAGCAGCGAUUUUAUGACUGCUGCUGCAUUUUUGAAAAGAAAGUUAAAGGAGCAUGCUACCCAUUCGAAAUUACACCAUCUGAGUAUAAUUUCGAGAAUAGUUUUCCAGAUUUCAUUACAAAUAUCUUUCCACCGAAUAUUACAGAUGACGAAGCUGUAGUAUAUACAUUUACGAUAGCAAAUAAGUAUUGCCACACAUUGAAAUUCAAAUUUGAGUCAGCAGACUAUGCAAUUUUAGUUAUCACGAAAUAUACUUAUCACGCAAUAUUUUAUGCAUUUUUAGAAGAUUUCAGAAACGAAAUAGCAUCAACAGAAGAAGAUAAAUUAAAUCCGACUCAACUCUACUAUCAAAUCAUUAACUGUCUAAACGAAUGGAAAUUUAUUGACCCAACCACUCUUCAUGUUAAGUUUUUCCUGCGUGAAUUCGAUCAAAAUACAGAAUUUUCAUUAGAAAACCUCCUUAACUUUAAUCCAUUCUCUUAUUUACCACCAGAUAUUGAUUAUACCUUAUUAUGGGCUUCGUUAAUUGCCCAUAAACGUGUUUACAUAUACAGUGAGAAUCCAUGUUUGGUUUCUCGUGCCACUUUAUCCAUGACUUCAUUCAUGGCUCCAAUUCCUUACUAUGGCCGAACUUUAAUAUCAUUAAAUCCCUAUGACAAACGUCCUUCUACAGAAGAUUAUGAGCUUAUUGGUACAACCGACAUGAAUCAGUGCAAUCUUCCUGACAGAAAAGGAGUUAUUUUGGAAGUUCUGAGAGAAAGGUCAAUUCUAGACAUCAAAGAUGAGUUUGAUAAAUGGAAGGAACGUUCCAAGAUAUUCUACAAGGUCUGUAUUCAUAUUAUUCGUUGUCGAGUUAUGGAUGACCCGUUUUUCGUCAUGAUAGAAGCAAAUCCAUAUGAAGGAUCAAUCGAGAAAUUCGUUAAACCUAGUACGAGAAAGAAAAUUCCACCCCUUUGGUGUCUUUCGGAUUUCGGAUCUUCUCAAACAUGCAAAGCCAUCAUUUCUGACGAGUCCUACUUCCUGGAAUUCAGAGAGUCAAUCAUAAACAUGAACAUGGACCACUUUUACGGUGAAAAAACAAAAGAUGAACUACAAAAGUACUUGAAAACGUUCGACCACGCCAUUGAACUGUUCAAAACUGACGAACACUUCAUAAAUGUAAUGAAAUCUCACAAAAAUUUCAUUCAUAAGUGUAUGAAAAAAAUUGAAAACGGAAACAACGAAAAUCCUAAGAAGAAACAACUGAACAAUGAAGAUGAAAUAUGA